GUGGCUGGCUGCUGCAGGUCCGGGGCUCCCGCUCUGGCCGCUCGUGAGCUUGGUGCAUAAAUGUGGUAGGAAUUCUACAAAAUGAGAGACAUUGAAUGAGGAAAGAAGAGAUUACUCAAAGAAACUCUGAAGUACAGGACCCAGUUUUAGUGAGCUUUUUGCUAAGCUGUUUCAGCCCAGUAUGGCUGUGGAAUCCAGAGCAGUUUUAACCCCGGUACCUCAGAAUUCUCAGGAACAAGAGCUAAUACUAGUGAAAGUAGAAGAAAGCCUUUCUUGGGGUCAGAAACUGAAGCAGAAUGGGAGUACCCGAUCCUGCCAAGAAUUGUUUCGCCAGCAGUUCAGAAAGUUUUGCUACCAGGAGACACCUGGGCCCCGGGAGGCUCUGGGCCGACUCCAGGAGCUUUGCUGUCAGUGGCUGAGGCCGGAAGUGCAUACGAAGGAGCAGAUCCUGGAGCUACUGGUGCUGGAGCAGUUCCUGAGCAUCCUGCCUGAGGAGCUGCAGGUCUGGGUUCAGCAACAUAGUCCGAAAAGUGGCGAGGAAGCUGUGACUCUGUUGGAGGAUUUAGAGAGGGAAUUUGAUGAGCCAGGGCAGCAGGUCCCAGCUAGUCCACAGGGACCAGCAGUGCCAUGGAAGGAUCUGACACGCCUUGGAACAUCCCAGGAGUUAACAAGCAUCCAACUCCACCCUUUAAAGACACAACUUAAACCGUGGGAACCUUGCCUUUCCACCAGGAGUGACCGUGAGAACAAUGAAUCAGCAACUAAAAAGGACAUUUCAGGAGAGAAAUCGCAAAGACUUCCCCAGGAGCCUUCAUUUGGAGGAAGUAGUGAACACAAAAGCAGUUUAGAGUGGCAGCAAGGAAGUGUUACAGGGGAGAAAUUAAGAAGAUCCCCUUCCCAAGGGGGCAGUUUUAGUCAAAUAAUCUUCACACACAAACCUCUAGGAAGCAGAGACCAUCCUGAGUCCCAGAGAAGUUUGAUUCUAAGUACAAACUCUAUAACGUAUCAGAAAGUUCCUACAGAAGAGAGACCUUACAGGUGUGACGUAUGCGGGCACAGCUUCAAACAGCAUUCUUCUCUAACACAACAUCAGAGAAUCCACACUGGAGAAAAGCCCUACAAAUGUAACCAGUGUGGGAAGGCCUUUAGCUUGAGGUCCUAUCUUAUUAUUCAUCAGAGAAUUCACAGCGGUGAGAAGGCGUAUGAAUGUAGCGAAUGUGGGAAGGCCUUCAACCAGAGCUCAGCCCUCAUUAGACAUCGGAAAAUCCAUACCGGUGAGAAAGCUUGUAAAUGUAAUGAAUGCGGCAAAGCGUUCAGUCAAAGUUCAUAUCUUAUUAUCCAUCAAAGAAUUCACACUGGUGAGAAACCCUAUGAGUGUAAUGAGUGUGGGAAAACCUUUAGCCAAAGCUCAAAGCUUAUUAGACACCAGCGAAUUCAUACAGGAGAAAGACCUUACGAAUGUAACGAGUGUGGGAAAGCUUUCAGGCAGAGUUCAGAGCUGAUAACCCAUCAGAGGAUACACAGUGGAGAGAAACCCUAUGAAUGUAACGAGUGUGGAAAAGCCUUCAGUCUGAGCUCAAACCUCAUCAGGCAUCAGAGAAUUCACAGUGGAGAGGAACCUUAUCAGUGCAGUGAAUGCGGCAAAACCUUCAAAAGGAGCUCAGCCCUUGUUCAGCAUCAGAGAAUCCAUUCUGGGGACGAGGCUUACAUAUGUGGUGAAUGCGGGAAGGCUUUUAGGCACAGGUCAGUCCUCAUGCGCCACCAGAGAGUCCACACUGUAAAGUGACUUGUGAAUAUGCUGAAUACUGUAAAUACUUCAGUCAGGCUUCUCUCUGUUAGUCAGAAGAGUUUAGUGUACUUUGGAGUGAGACUCCAUGGAGGCGGUUGUAAAGUACUAGGUCUCAAGUCAACCUGACUUUAUACAGCACUUCCCGACACUAAUGCACAUUGUCCUCCAAAAGCUCUUCCUGUGACGACUCAGAACAGAAGACGGAAGAAUCACUGCUUCCAGCUUUUCUCUUACCAUUAAGAAUACUCAGGAAAUGUGAAACAUGGGACUAACAUUGAAACCUCAUUUUCCAUGAGAAUGUCACGAAGAGGGCACAGCAACUAUGUCACUGCAUCAGAUCGUCAGUGGGUCAGAUUUGGGGGAUGGUGUGGAGAAUAUGAGGGACAUUUUGUUUCAGGAAUGCAAAAAUUUUACUGACCAGUUACAAACAGUGGCAGGGCAGCAAUACAUGGGAAAACAGUUUGACCGAUGACUUACUGAGCCCAGGGCAGGCCAGAAGUGAGAUAGUGAAAAGAAAGAAUACAAGUGAAGUUAUCCAACAGCUAUUUUUGAGUGGCUGCUUUGUGUCAGGCGCCAGGAAUACAGUGGAAAAUAAGAGCAUCUCUGCAAUUUCAUGGACAAAGCAAACAGGCAGUGGCACUGGUACCAUCAGUGCUGUGUGACGUUGAGUACCUGAUCUAGCCUGGUAUCAGGGAAGGCUUCUGAGAAAAAUGACCUGAAGGAUGAGUGGGAGUUAGGCAGGGAGGUAGGCCAGCCAGGAAAAAAGUCUGGCACAUCUGAGAAAUUGAAAGGAAAAGGCCACCUGGCGUGGAGCCUUCCUGUUGAGUUCCUUUUGAAGUGGAUUCAUGUCUGUUAGAAAAGCAUGGAUGUAGCCAGAAUCUCUGUUUACUACAGUGCCUGCAGUAAAAUACCAGCCAGUGGAGAAGCUUGGUUGUAGACAAAGCCUGCAGUCCUUGGAACACAGGGUGGUGAGGAGCUUUGUCUUGAUUUGUGUGACCGCAGGCUAAGGGUUAAUAUGUAGUUUCUUUGUCCACCCUGAAGGCUAGGCCUUCCAUGUGGGUGAGGAUGGGGGGUACGGGGGCCAGAAAGAGCCCAGCUUAGAAAUUAAGUCUUAGGAGUUCCAGAUCUCUCUCGCAGACGUAAGGACUCCCUUUGGUUCUUAAGAGUUGAUUAGAGCUGCUGUCAGCUUCCUCCUAGCUCCCAAGGCUCUGGGUCAGAGGCUGCUAUGGCUGCCAUAUCAUUUGUUUCUGGGGCUGUGCCCCUAUAGUUCCUAGUGCACGCCCCGAGGCUCAGGUGCUAAAAAGUGGCCAUUGCUGGGCGUGUUAUUCUCCAGGCACCUCACGUGUGUUCCAUUUUGUCUUAUAUCAGCAGUAUUUCACAGCCUUGGGAAUUUUGUUAAAGACCAUGCUGGAGGGAAAUAACAGCAACAGUCAGAGUCCAUCCGGAGAGACUCCUCUGCUGAGGGACUCAGCUGGAAAAGCAAUGCUAGACUGGUGCUUCUCAGUGCAGGAAGGUGCAUCGGUUACUCAGCAACAGAAAGACAUGUUAUUUAAAAUACCUAACAGGUCAGAGUUAAGACACACCACAUCUUACCAAAAAUACAAACAUUUGGGAAUCUCGAAUCCUGUACAAAGGAAGAGUUUUCAUGAGGAUAAAUAGAAAAGUAAUAUUCCUGUUGGGGCAUGAGCAGGUACUAACCCACGCUUGGAAAGAGAACGUACAAAAAGAAAGGGAUAGGUUAAAUGUAACAAAAUAGCAUGGUAAAUCUGUUCAACUCUUAUAUUCCUCUUCCACAGAGGAAGACCCAGUCAAAUUGAAAAGGGUAGAACAAACGUUAAGUAGGAAUUGAUAUAACAUGUUACAAAAGGCGGAUGUACUUUAUAUAGGGAUUUCUUACACAUAUUGGUAAGAAACAUAAUAGGUACUCGCAAAGGGCUUUGUAUAUAUGUAUUCCUUCUCAGACAGCCCAUAUUUUGCAGAUGAGGAAAUGAAGGCUUAGGAUCAUGGCUUACUCAAGGUCAUGUACCUAAAAUGUGAUGAGGUCAGACUUUACACCCAGGCAGUAGGAAUCCAGAAUGUGUCUGUGGAGCCACUUCUCUAUACUUUCUCCCCAUGAAAAAGUCCCAGUAGAAAAAAUAGUACUUAAAUAGGCAAAGCACAAAAGAAUAAAUGCCAACGGACAAUAAAUGUUAGCCUUGCUAGAAUUAAAAAUGUGUAUUAAGUCAAGAGUUGAGAUAGCACUUUUUCCCCUUCAUAAAACUAACAAAGAUUCAGGAAAAUUGGGACUCUGGUGAGAAGUGAAUAGAUGCUAUCUGUGGCAAUCAGUACCAGAAGCCUUAAACAUUGCCUUUUGACUUUAAAAUUCUACCUGGAAAUGUAUGCUUCAGAAACCAUCAUGAAUGUAUACAAAAUCUUAAAAACUGUUAAAAGUGAUGUUGAUUAAUAUUAAAUGACAGAAAAGGUUAAAUGACAAAACAUUCAUAUCUUAAGUAAAAAUAUAAGAUAUGUACAAUACGAUUUGUGUAAAAAUUUAUGCAUUAAAAAUAUUGGAAAUAUAUAUAAUCUUAAUGUGCUAUACUGGUUAUAUCUGAGUAGUAAGAUUAUAGGUAAUUUAAUUUUUUCAUGUGUUUGCCUGUGUCUUCCAACUUUUCCUACAAUAAAUAUCUAAAACUUCUAAAGUCAGAGAAAAAAGAUUUAGAAGGGAAUGGAUAGUUGAGAAAUAUCAAGAAAAGCAUGUGCUUUCUAUAGCAUCGCUGUGCCUUCUGAG